CAUGGCAACCGCUGAGGAAACAGCAUGGCGACUGACGAAAGGGAAGCCGCUGCAGCGGAGUCUGCAAUAAAUGAAAUCCAUAAGAAGAUCACCGAGGCUUUUGAGGUGUUCGACCAUGAGUGUAAUAAAACUGUGGAUGUCAGGGAGAUUGGUACAAUCAUUAGGUCAUUAGGAUGCUGCCCAAGUGAAGGGGAACUACAUGAUAUGAUUGCAGAGGUAGAAGAAGAAGAACCAACUGGGUUUAUACGUUUGGAAAAAUUUCUUCCCAUGAUGACUAGAGUAUUGACGGAAAGAAGGUACCGCCCAAUUCCAGAAGAUAUUCUUUUACGUGCAUUUGAGGUUUUAGACCAGAAUAAAUGUGGAUAUCUUACUAAAGAUGAGCUGGUCAAGUAUAUGACUGAAGAAGGUGAGCCUUUCACUCAAGAAGAAAUGGAGGAAAUGCUGUCUGCUGCUGUGGAUCCAGAAACAAAUAAUGUUCGCUACAAAGACUACAUCUCAAUGAUGGUUGUGGAUGAAAACUAAGCACUUCUUGUGUAACUCAUAUAGGUCUGAACCUUUUGCUUGGUGCUUGUUGAUUAACAUCAUCGGAGUUGUUCUGUAUUUGCCAUGAGAUUGCAGCAGAAGGUUAUGUUGAAAUAAUUUAUCUAUGAAAAUACUAUCCUUUUAUAUACUUAGUAAAAUUGUAAAAAGUUGUAAAGUUGUAAAAAGAUAGUUUUCAAAUGUUGAUCGGUUUAGAUAAGAAAAUAAGAAAACUUCAGAUUAUGCAGAGGAAACACGAACCACUGGGUCCAGCAGGAUUUAUUCCCAGGUAACUAAGUAUAGGAUCCCAGCCAAAAACCACAGUAUGAAGUAUUAUCUUUAUUAUUUAUUGAAUUUAUACACCACCCUAUACCUGGAGGUGUCAGGUCAGUUCACAGGAAACACGUACUAGGGAGGAAGUCCCAUGAAACAUAGCAAAACUCACUUCCAAGUAAACAUGCAUAGGUUACAGAACAAAACAAUGAGGUGCAACAUAUUAUUAUUAUUAUUAUUAUUAUUAUUAUUAUUAUUAUUAUUAUUUGCAUUAUUAGUCUUUUAAAAAUGAAAAAAUAGAAAUAAUUUCAAGAAUGAAUUCAGAUGCAGACAAAACUAGGAAGAGUUGUGCUUCAAGUAAAUAGGUUAUGAUAUAACUAACAUUUUAAAAGCAAAGCUUAACAUUGAUCCUUAUAUUUUGGUCUGCAUAGGUGCGAACUUACCAAAUGUUUUGAUUUAUAACAAAACUCUCUAAAAAUUGAUGACUUUGAUCUGACUUCAUUAAGGAAGUUAUACAAACUAGUCAAACUUGAAAUCUGUGGAGGAGCUGUUAUUGAAAGGAUUUUCUGUAACUAAAAGCAGAGCACUGGUGAAGGCUCUUGACUUGGGAACACUCUUUCCCCAUAGUUCCUAGAAAAGAAGUUGGUUGACUUCCAGGUAUGCUGUAAUGCUUCUCUGUUUAUUCAAGGUAUUUCUUCCCCCUCCAUCCUAGGGGUCUAGUUUGCAUUUAAGAAGAUUCUCCUGACUAAAUUGUGUUUGUGGUGGUGAAACUCUCUUCAGAGGUUUGCAGCAUCACAAUUUCUUGUUGAUUCUCCUUAAUAGCUAUCUUGGAGUAGGCCAGGGAGGCCUGGUUAAGAGUUAGGCGGCAGUGUGCUUAAACCUUUUUACAAACACACUUGGAGAUAUAACCCUGCCCCAGAGAGAGCAAAUAAAAGACAAAGUAGGGGAUAAGAUCCUACAAGGCCUCUCUUUGGAUGGAUUUACAGGAAGUAGAUGUGAAAAGUUUAGAGCAAGUGAGACCUUGGGCCAACCCAUGUGAAAAACGCUGGAAUCAUGAAAUUAUGAGUUACUUAUAAAGUUCCUACCACAAAAGCAAAUGCAAGUUUUGAAUACUUUUAGAAGAAAUAUUGUAUGUUAAUUCACAUUUACCGUACUCGCAUUAUCAUGGUAAAAGUAACUUGGAGGCAAAAUGGAACUCCUCCCCUCCGCUAGGAGGAGCGUAGAGAGAAGAAUGCCACAGUGCACUUGUAGCAAUGACAAUCAGAUGCCUUCACCUGCCCCACCUACAACAAAACAUGUCUCUCCUGCAUUGGUCUCUACAGCCACAGUAGGUGCUGUAACUCUCCAAAGUCUUGACUUUACCCCUAAAGGCACGCUCUUCCAUUGUCUCCCCAGUUAGAAAGAUGCCAACAACAACCAGAUGGAACCCUCUUGGAAUGGCACAGCUGCCAGUUGUCUAAGAUACAAUAGCCCAAUGACAUUUUAUGGAACCAUCCCCUUACGUAGGAGCCAAACCACUGCAACCUAGUGACUCCUACUCCUACAGAGCUUAUCCUCAGGAUACUAUCAAUCAAUGGUAUCCAAAGUCACAGGUCAAGAAUAAGCAACAGGGCCACACACUCCCUGCCUUCUCCUAAUAAAAGCUAUCCAUCAAGGUGACCAAGGGCAAUUUGGUCCCACAGCCGGGUCUGAACCCAGACUAGAAUGUGUUCAGAUAAUCCAUUUCCUCCAAAAGUACUUGCAGUUGAACAGCUACCAUCAUAGCUGCCAAGUUAUCCCUUUUUUUUAAGGGAUUUUCCCUUAUGCUGAAUAGGCUUCCUCGCGAGAAAAGGGAAAACUUGGCAGCUAUGGCUACCAUCCUGCUGAGCACAUUCUCCCACCCUGGGGAUAUUUUGCAGCAAGCCUCCAGUGCUGGCUUUUAAAGGCACAGUUGCACUACUCUGCAUGGGUGUCCAAACUUUUUUCAAAGAGGGCCAGAUUUGAUGAAGUGACCAUGCAUGAGGGCCGACCGGAGUUGUUGCUAGGAUUUUACCCCAGGAAAUAAACUGCAACAGGGGCCAGAUUAGGCCCCCGAAACGUACUUUGGACAUGCCUGCACUACUGCUUCUAUAUGGGAAAUAAGUAGAACCUCUUCAUGUAAAGAUACAUUCAUUACGUCAUUCUCCACCAGCUCACUUGAAUUAACUGACAAGCAAGCACUAAGAAUGGAGGCAAUUGCCCAGGCAGCCACAAGCACCUUGUCUACAUCCUCAGGACUCAAAAGCUGAAACAGAUCCCAUAACACCAGACAUGUUGGACAUUUCAGCUGCAUCUGUCUCAACUAUGGUGUUUAAAUUUACACAGAAGCAAGCAACUUUAUCCUCAAAAUGCCUUACAAAUUUUUCAUAGCAGGCACCCAAGGGCUCUGGACUCCGGAGGGGCCGAUAUUAAUAAACCCCACACCAUUUGGAAAAGCACUGCUGGGCAGUUAAUUGAGGAUGUAAUGGAGGUGAAAAAGAAUGAUUUAUUUGCUGCCCUCAACACCAUACAGUAGGCACAGCCAUGUACUCUAAAGUCAGCUUGGUCACCUUCCCAACAAAUUUUGUGCCAUAUUGCUGUAGUUGUCACCUAGCCUGUUUCAUCAUCCAAAGUCCCCCAGGGAAACCAAGGAGCAGCAUUGGCAUCAGCAUUGCUGAGGA